AUUCGCAUUUCGAAUUUUUAUCGCGAAUAUCGCAAAUUUGCAAAUAUUGUGGUUAUAUUUGCUAUAUAUUCAAAAUUAUGAAUAUUUGCUUUUUUCCCGCAUAUUCGCAUAUUCCUGCUUUUCACUUUUGGGCCAAUUAGAAUGAUGCAAAUACACUUGUCAGAGGUUAUCAACAACAUCCCUAGCAACCAAUAGUAAAGUUGCCCACCCCCUCACUGUUUUCUUCCUCGAAUAUGUGAAUAUAACGAAUACGCAAAAUUUGCGAAUAUAGGACGAAUAUUCGUCUAUAUAUUCGCAAAAUAUUGCAAAUUCGAAUAUGGCCAAUGCCGCUCAUUACUAUUCAGGAAUCACAUAGUGGGUGAGGAGGACUUAGAUAGGAGAUACCGAGCCAGGACAGGUGGGGGACAGAUUUUGCGUGCGCACACAACCAGUAUAAAGGACAGAGACAGCACGCGCCUGCCCCCUAUGAGACGCUGCAGUUACAGCCUUGGAGGUGAAGGAGGCAGCAUGGUGGCGCCCAGGAAGAGUGAGCCGCACGUGGACAAUGAAAUGGCAAUGAUCACAAUGUCUUACCCAAUCAGUUCUCAACCCCAAGCCAUGCAAGGCUAUGCUGCUAGUGGCAGCCAGUGGCACUCCGAAGUCUUCGACUGUUGUGAAGACAUGGGAGUCUGUCUCUGUGGAGCAUUUGUCCCCUGCAUUCUGGCAUGUAAAGUGGCAACAGACUAUGGAGAGUGCUGCUGCCUUCCAUUCAUUGGUGGCGCUUUACUGGCUAUGAGGACAGGCAUUAGGGAAAGAUAUCACAUCCCGGGAAGUAUCUGCAACGACUGCGUGUGUCUCACGUUCUGCGGACCCUGCACGCUCUGUCAGAUGGCCCGCGAGCUGAAACAGAGGAAAUGUUAGGACUGUACAAAGGAUUUUCUUAGAUAUGGCGACCAUCGAAGGACUGUUCACAUUUUUACGAGAUGAAAUGCUUCGUAAUCUUCUCUGGUUAGAGUUGGAAAGAGAGUUGGUGUGACGUGACCACUGACCACUUCAUCUUUACACAUCUCCAGUGCGGGAAUAAGAAGCAGCAUUAUACUAUAUAGGAUCUAUACCCUACAACAUCAGCCCCGAGGCAUUUCAUGAUACAUAUCCCAUUUACAAAGAUAUUUGAAAAGAUUCCCAAAUUCCUGGCAUUUCUCCAUAUAACCUGCAGUGUAGUGGUCUCAAGCUGUGUCUCUGAAACUACAACUCCCAACAUACUCGGAGUUGUAGUUUCGCAACACCUGGAAAGCGGCAGGGUGGAGAGCAUUACUGCACUGUCUAAUUAUUGCAAUUCUAUUUUUGUUAAUUAUUUGUGAUAUCUUUAUGUAUUUGCACUGUAUAAAAUAUUAUAAUAAAGUAUGUAUGUAUAUAUGAAA